GCUGUCCAGAAAUGGGACCUCCAGGAGAAUUCCAGUCCCGCACAAACCAUGAAGGACCAGGCGAACAAGGCCGUUCAAGACCUCGACCAGACGCUCAAGGACGCAAAGAAGAUCGACUCGCUCAGCUCGGAUGCCCAGAACAAGCUGGUGUCUGGCAUGAAGGAGUUUGCUUCCGUGGCUGGGGAUGUUGUUAAGCAUAUGGCUGAGAAGCAACCUGAAUCUGACAAAGGAGAUGGAUACCGGAGUCUCAUGGAGACUUCGAAUAAGGCGACCGCUUUAUUCUUCAAUGAGCUUCAGAAUAGCCUCGCGAACAAGAUUCCUCAGGAAACCGUGCAGGAAUUGUCGGGUCAAUUGCAAGGGUUGCAGGAUGGGUUGAACAAGGCUAUCUAGGUAUCUUCUUGAUUUCUGGUUUGAAUUUUCAUGUAUCACUAAUCGUACACGGUGGAGCUG